AUGCCCAACGAGCUGGUUAAAAGUCGCGCGCCUGUGCCCGCCAACCGCCACGAUUUCCCUCCCGCCACGCCUUCUUCCUCGCCUCUUCCAUUGGCCCGCCGCCGUCGGGCCUUCUCCCCCUCCCCGCCGCCGCCACGUCUUCUCCCCCCGCCUCUUCCAACGUCCCGCCAUAUCGCCGCGCCCCGGAUCAGCUCGGGCUUCCGUGGCGUCCGCCUCCGCCCCUCCGGCGUGUAUUACGCGAAGAUCCGCUCCGAUGAUUCACGCCUCAUACUCAAAACAUUCGAGGCCGCCCGUGCGUACGAUGCGACGGCGUGGCGCCUCGGGUGGCCUCGGUCGCAGGUGAACUUCUCCGACGUGCGGACGCGCGAGUAG